AGAUUAUUCUAUAAAGUUUGGGAAAAUAAAGUUAUAAGAAAGGAAAUCCAUAAUCAUAUUUUAAAGUUUAUUCAACACAGGGCUGUAAAUCUUUGUAAAUCAAGUUAUGACGAGUUUAAAAACAAAUCAUAUAUAACAAAUCUUAAGUGGAGCGGACCACUACCUGAUAAAAAUGAAUUUCCCCCAUUUUUGUCAAAAUUAUUUUUAUUCAAUUAUGAUUUUAACCAAGAAAUUCCACCCGGUGCAUUACCAAAUAGUCUUACAAAACUCACAUUUGGUAAUCGUUUUAACCAAGUAUUUCUACCCGGCACAUUACCAAAUAAUCUCACAACACUCAAAAUUGGUAAUCGUUUUAACCAAGUAGUUCUACCCGGCACAUUACCAAAUAGUCUUACAACACUCACAUUUGGUAAUGAUUUUAACCAAGUAGUUACACCCAGCACAUUACCAAAUAGUCUCACAACACUCACAUUCGGUUAUGAUUUUAACCAAGUAGUUCUACCCGGCACAUUACCAAAUAGUCUCACAACACUCACAUUCGGUUGUGAAUACGACCAAGUAGUUCUACCCAACUCAUUACCAAAUAGUCUCAUAACACUCACAUUCGGUGAAGAUUUUAACCAAGUAGUUCCACCCGACACAUUACCAAAUAAUCUCACAAAACUCACAUUCGGUCUUCAUUUUAACCAAGUAAUUCCACCCAACUCAUUACCAAAUAGUCUCACAACACUCACAUUUGGUGAUCGUUUUAACCAAGUAGUUCCACCCAGAACAUUACCAAAUAGUCUCACAACCCUCACAUUUGGUAAUCAUUUUAACCAAGUGGUUCCACCCGACUCAUUACCAAAUAGUCUCACAACACUCACAUUUGGUAAUGGUUUUAACCAAGUAGUUCCACCCAGCACAUUACCAAAUAAUCUCACAACUCUCACAUUCGGUCAUGAUUUUAACCAAGUAGUUCUACCCGACUCAUUACCAAAUAGUCUCACAACCCUCACAUUUGGUAAUCGUUUUAACCAAGUGGUUCCACCCGACUCAUUACCAAAUAGUCUCACAACACUCAAAUUCGGUCAUGAUUUUAACCAUGGAUUUCUACCCGACUCAUUACCAAAUAGUCUCAAAACACUCACGAUCGGUUAUAAUGUUAACCAGAUA